UUGUGAUUAAUUUUAAUGAAAUUCAUUUUUAAAAUAGGUUUCAAUACAAUCUUUUAGGAGUGAUAAAUACUAUACAUGUGUUAAAUGACUACUAUUCAUUCAAUUCUAGCUUUAAUUAUAGGGACGCGUUAGUUGACAUAUUUGCGGGAGAAUGGUGUUGGCAAAGGGCCUGAGGCCGCUACAGGUGGCCUCCGUGAUAUUGUUCGUGAGGAUUCUGUCGGUGUUCCUGGUGCAAACUUGGUAUGUGCCUGAUGAGUACUGGCAGACCUUGGAAGUAGCUCACAAGCAAGUGUUUGGAUAUGGAACCCUGACUUGGGAAUGGCAACAAGGCAUCCGGAGCUAUCUGUACCCAAGCGUAGUGGCUGGCUUGUAUACCGUGCUCAAAUACACUGGACUAGACUACCCUGAAGCAUUGAUUCUCCUGCCUCGCAUCCUGCAAGCAAUUCUCAGCGCCGCUGCUGACUACAGUUUCUACAAGUGGACAGGUGGUCGCAAGUGGGCUUUGUUCCUGAUCCUCACUUCAUGGUUCUGGUUCUACACCUCCGGAAGGACUCUGCUGCAGACAUUGGAGACAGCUCUUGUUGCUAUUGCAUUAUCUGUGUUCCCAUUCAAGGAUGGCAAGCUGGGGUAUUAUCAACAAGAGAACCCUCAGUGGAUAUGGCUGGCAGUCGUGUCUGUGUUCUUGCGGCCGACAUCAGCGCCGCUAUGGAUCGUGCUCGGUGUCUACAACCUGUUUACUACGAAUCAAGGAAGACUGAAGUUAGUCGUCCGCACUUAUGUGCCUAUCGCUUUGAUCGCCGGCGGAGCUCUCGUAGCCUUGGACUCGUACUACUACGGCCGCCUUAUUGUGACGCCCUGGGAAUUCUUCAGGUUUAACAUUUUACACGAUGUCGCCUCUUUCUAUGGUCAACACCCAUGGCAUUGGUAUUUGACGCAAGGUCUCCCGGCUGUGUUGGGUAUCAACUUGCUGCCAGUACUGUGGGCAAUCAGCAAGAUAGCGCGGCGACCGAAGGAAAACAAAGUCGGCACGCUGUUGCUGGCCGCAGUCGCUUUACACGUCGCUGCAUACAGUUUCGUUCCGCACAAGGAGUUCAGAUUCGUGUUGCCUCUGUUACCGAUCCUCUUGUACUUGGCUCAAGAUGUCAUCGUGCCAUGGAGUAGGAAAGCUAAGAAAUGGCAGCUGUACCUGGUAGCUGGGUCCAUCCUGCUGGGCAACGCGGGUCCAGCGCUGUACUUCGGCCUGGUCCACCAGGCUGGGACCCUGCAGGUCAUGCCACUGUUAAGAGAGGCAGCUGACAACAGGAGCUCCAUUACUUUCCUCAUGCCGUGCCACUCCACGCCUCUCUACAGCCACCUGCACCUGAACAUAUCGACCCGCUUCCUGUCCUGCUCGCCGCCGCUGAACGCGUCGGGCGCCACGUACGAGGCGGAGGCCUUCUUCAACAACCCGCAGCGCUGGUGGAGGGCGGAGCUGGCGCGCCGCCAGCCGCCGCACCUUCUCGUCCUGUUCGACCGCCUGCGCGGCCGUCUGGACUCCGUGCUAGCUGAGUACACGCUGCUGCACGAGAUACCACACACACAGUUCCCUGAAGGUGAAGUAGGCGAGAAUGUGUUGGUAUACCAAAAGACUCAGAGUCCGCCGAAACCACAGAUCGAUGAAGCAGUCUAACGACCGACAACACGAGCCACAACGUGUUCACGUUAGUGGUCCCAAUGUACCGACAAAUCAACGAUCAUAUAGCACGCGAUUGUGGAUCUUAUUGAAAUGAAGUAAGAAUCAUAAUUGUGCUCAUUAGUUUGUAAGCAUAGACUUUUAUAAACCAAUAUAAUAAUAUUUUCUACUGUGCCAAAAUGCAAUCAAAGGAUCUAUACCUUUAGUUGUCAUCAUUCAAUUAAUAGUUUGUUUUUUAUUGAAAAUGUAAUAAUGAAGUCUGCAUAAAUAGGCUAAUAAUCGUGAUCACAUAGAUAGACAUAUUAAAACAGUGCUCACAAAAUUUGGUAAAAGACUGGGAAAAGAUGUUGUAUAAAAGUCUAUGAUUACAUCCCAUAGUUGCUAUAUAACAUUUUCAUAUUGCUAGUGUAGCAAACAUUCGAUUAUCGAUACUUUCGUUUGUAAUUUAAUGAAUCAAUCAUUAUUUGGUUAUAGUUAAUUGGCUUUCGGUAUUAAAUAAUUUUUUAUUUGUAAUUUUAAUUGACGCAUGGGAAUGUUACCCCAUGAUAAUGUGUUCGAAAUAUUAAAAUUAAUAGAUAUACAAUAAAAAAAGAUUUAAAUUUUUAUGACAGUAAAUGACUAUCUCAAAUUUGA